AUGUCGUCGCCGGCGAACAGACGCUCGAUGCGGUCGUCUGCAAACAACACACCUCAGCGUCGCAGCCAGCACUCUUCCCAAGCCCCAGCAAGCGAUCCUCCUGUGCCAGACGCAGAAGACGAUCUACCCAACAGCCAGACGAACGGCAGAGCAAAUGGCAGCCAGCGUGGUACACCACGAGCAUCACAAAGCCAGAGCCAAAGUCAGAGUCAAGCGCCGCCCACGAGCUCUCCGCUGUUUUUCAGGAGUAGUCCAGCUGGUAGCCAGAGCCAGAGUCAAUCUCAGUCAUUGGGCGUGCCCGCAAACAAUGUCAAUGGCAGCAGCCCGCUGCGCCAAAGGCAGGAUGCCACAACACCGGGUGUGUUGAGCAGCGAAGGCGGCAGGACGCCGAGAGCUAAUGGAGGAAUCGGUGACUCGUCGCCAAUUCACUAUGGAACAAGCUCAGAAGCUGCUACUCCAAGAGCGAACGGCCUCCCCAAUGACCCACGAUCCGACUCAACUGGAUUGUUUGUUCGAUCUGGACGAUCUGGCCCACCAAGCGCAAGAGACAGAAGACAUGACAUCAACUCAGAUGUGCUCGAAAGCAGCGGAAGGAGAAGACAGCAGUUUGUCGAUGAAAAUGGUAUGCCUGUACAGGGCGACUCUGACGCCGCAACAUUCUCGAACCUCAAUCCGGACACAUCUGAUGCCGCUGCUCUUGGUGGACGCUCCACACGAUUCAUCUGGGGUACUGAUGUUUCGAUCACGGACUCCUUCUCCGCCAUGAAAGACUUUCUGUACAACUUCCAGCGCAAGUAUCGCUUGAUACAAGAUGGCGAAGUCAUGGAAGGCGAGGACUUGAAUGCUGGACAUCCUGGACUCGAGAAAGAUUACGUGAACAUGCUGGACACCAUGUUGGAGCUUGGAACGAAGGCCUUCUACCUCGAUUGCCGCAACCUAAAAGCAUAUCCGGCGACACGAAAACUGUGGCACCAGCUUCAGUCAUUUCCAAGCGAAAUUGUACCUGUGAUGGAUACUGCCGUGAAGGACACCUUGAUCGAGCUGGCAGAAAAGAAGAUGGGCGAGAGACGGACACAGCAGUCACAGCAGACUCCAGACCGUGCAAGGCAUUCCAGCUCAAUGCCACCAAUGCCUAGCUCAGAUGUCGACAACAUGGGCGGCGAAACCCCCAGACCUGCAGCACAGCCAGUGGCAGAUGAGCACGACUUGGUGGCAGAAGUCGAGCAGAACAUCUACCGUACCAGACCAUUUGGCUUGGACAAGACCAUCAACCUUCGUGACCUGAACCCAGGCGACAUGGACCAGCUUGUAUCGAUCAAGGGUCUGGUCAUUCGCACAACACCCAUUAUACCAGACAUGAAGGAUGCCUUUUUCCGCUGCUCCGUCUGCCAUCAUACUGUCAAGGUCGACAUUGACCGCGGCAAGAUCACCGAGCCAACACGAUGCCCACGUGAGGUGUGCAGCGCCAGCAAUAGCAUGCAGAUCGUGCACAAUCGCUCCGGCUUUGCAGACAAACAGGUCAUCAAGCUGCAAGAGACUCCAGACUCUGUGCCUGAUGGUCAGACACCGCACUCUGUCAGCCUGUGCGCCUACGAUGAGUUGGUCGACACUUGCAAAGCUGGUGACAGAGUUGAGAUCACUGGUAUCUUCAAGUGUAACCAAGUUCGUGUCAACCCACGCCAGAGAUCUGUCAAGAAUCUGUUCAAGACUUAUGUCGAUUGCUUGCACGUGCAGAAGACUGACAAGAGGCGGAUGGGCAUCGAUCCGUCCACCAUCGAAGAAGAGCUCUCAGAACAGGCCGCUGGUAACACGGAAGAGACACGCAAAGUCAGCGAAGAAGAGGAAGCAAAGAUUAGAGCCACAGCGGCGCGCCCUGAUCUCUACGACUUGCUCUCACGAUCGCUAGCACCCUCAAUGCACGAGAUGGACGAUGUCAAGAAGGGAAUUCUUCUCCAGCUGUUCGGUGGCACGAAUAAGAGCUUCCAAAAGGGUGGCUCGCCGAAAUACCGUGGCGACAUCAACAUCUUGCUUUGUGGUGACCCGUCCACAGCCAAGUCGAAGAUGCUGGAGUACGUCCACAAGAUUGCUCCUCGCGGUGUUUACACUUCCGGAAAGGGAUCUUCUGCAGUUGGUCUGACAGCCUAUGUCACCCGCGAUCCCGAAACUCGCAGCUUAGUGCUCGAGUCUGGUGCACUCGUGCUCAGUGACGGCGGUGUCUGCUGUAUCGAUGAGUUUGACAAGAUGUCUGACUCUACUCGAUCGGUACUGCACGAAGUCAUGGAGCAGCAGACUGUGUCCAUCGCGAAGGCUGGUAUCAUUACCACGCUAAAUGCCAGGACGAGUAUCCUUGCUUCUGCCAACCCCAUCGGCAGCAAGUACAACAUCAACCUGCCUGUACCGCAAAACAUCGACCUGCCACCGACAUUACUCUCCAGAUUCGACUUGGUCUACCUCGUCCUGGACCGGAUCGAUGAGUCUGCUGACCGCAAGCUGGCACGCCACUUGGUUGGAAUGUACCUGGAAGACUCGCCAGAGAAUGCCAACAAGGAUGAAAUUCUCCCGAUCGAAUUCCUCACCUCCUACAUCUCCUACGCCCGUGCAAACAUCCACCCAACCAUAACUCAACCCGCCGCCGAUGCCCUCGUCAAGUCCUACGUCGCCAUGCGCAAACUCGGCGAAGAUAUCCGCGCCGCUGAACGCCGCAUCACCGCCACAACCCGUCAACUCGAGUCCAUGAUUCGUCUCGCCGAAGCUCACGCCAAGAUGCGUCUCUCCCUGACCGUGGAGGAAUCAGACGUCAACGAAGCCGUCCGGCUCAUCCAGUCUGCUCUCAAGCAAGCAGCAACAGACUCGAGGACUGGCCUCAUUGAUAUGGGUCUUCUGACGGAAGGCACCAGUGCAAGCGAGAGGAAGAGGAGAGAGGAUUUGAAGAGUGGAAUUCUUGGUGUUCUGGAUGAGAUGCUGAGGGCCGGUGGUGCUAGUGCCAGGUAUGGAGAUGUUGUGAGGACGCUGAGUGAACAGAGUAGUGUUCCAGUUGAGGGACAGGAGUUUGCUGAGGCUGUGAGGAGUCUGGAGCAGGAGGGUAAGGUGCAGAUUGUGGGCGAGGGGCCACGACGCAGUAUCAGGAGGGUUACGGGGGUUGUAUAG